AUGGCGGAGGGCCCAAUGGAAGAACGCACAGUCCGCCUUCAGGCCAGAGCUGAAGUGACGUCGUCACGCACGCAACGUGGCAUACGUGCACCGGAAGUUGAUGGCGGAACGCGGGGCGAGUACGGGACAGCAGCGCGAAGACAAGAGCGCCGGUCCCAGGCCUGGGCGCAUCAACCAGAGCAAGAGGUCAGGAGCAUCAGGUACAGACAGCGGUCCGGCUGUACAGGCGGCUGCGGGUCCCCAGCAUCUCCUUCCGAAGUGCCUAGUCUGGAUCGGAGGAGGAGAGGACUACAGUUCCAGUGGUGGUUCCUGAGACUGCUAAUGGUGAGUAUUGAGCCAGCGCGCAGGAAGCGUUGGCGAGUAGAAAGGGGUCAAGUGAGCAUCAGGGGUAUAGUUACAGGCCGGAGCAGGGGGAUGUGA